AUGAAAUUCAAAAAGUCAGUUACUCCAGUUUUCUUAUUUUUGCUACUAGGCGCAGGGCUGCUGACAUUUUUCGUGAUACUAUCUGGGGCUCGCGAGACGGGCGUUUUGAAAGACUUCUACUGGUUUGAGGCGGAUACUUCCGGAUUCAACUCUGCGCCCAAUCGGACGCGGUGGUAUAACUACCAAUGGUGCGGUGUAAGCAAUGGAGCACUGAACAGCUGUUCCAGCACGAAGCCCGCGACUCCGUUUUCUCCUCGCGACAAUUUCGGGUCUAGCGGUGCGAUGCCCAAGUCGUUUCUGGACAAUCGGAACACUUACUACUAUCUGUCGCGGGUCGCGUGGGCCAUGUUGUUGAUUGGGAUUUUUUACCUUGUGUGUGCGAUUGUUCCCAUGAUUGUGUCCAUUUUCAUGGCCACAGUGGUGGGAUCGUUUAUGGCAGUGUUGAGUCUUUGGUUGGCUACAUUUUUCAUUACUUUGGCAGCGUGUUUGUAUACCGGAUGCUACGUCAAGGCUCGGAAUGCGUUCCACGACGGUAACCGGGCGGCGAGAUUGGGACCCAAGAAUUUUGGGUUCAUUUGGACCAGUGUAGCCUUGCUAUUGGCUUGCUCCAUCUGGAUGACAAUCGCCAUGACGCUCUUUGGAGUGGAGAAAUACCAGCGGCAACGGCAUCUGCAUAAUCGCCGGUCGCGGUUAUUUGGCCAUCAAGAUUCUGGUACUUCGUCGUAUUCUUACGACAAGUCUGCCAUCAGCGACGAACCCCACGGAACCCAAGAUUACACUCCUAAACGUGUGUUUAGAUUGUGGAGACCCCAUGGUGAGGCGGCGGCGACGGCCAAUGCACCGGUUGAAGCUAACGUGGUUGCCUCCGAUUACGACGCGGAGCGUUAG